AUGCCGGGGAUGUGCUCGGUCCCGGGCUGUAAGGGCUACAAGAAGGCCCGAUCCCGUGGAGUCGUCUUCCACUCUCUGCCGACCAGAGACCCUGAGCGAUGUAGAAAGUGGUUAAAGGCCAUACAGAGCCCCAGAUUUGAUGAAAAUACACCAGUAAGUAAAUACGGCAAUAUAAGAGUGUGCAGCCAGCAUUUUAAACCAGAAGAUUACGAACCGGACAUACAAGCAGAACUAAUGAAAACAACUCCCCGAAAAAUCCUCAAGUCUGACGUCAUUCCGACUAUGUUCUCUGGAAGGCAGCACGACAGCGUCAUCGCAUCUAUGACGUCAGAUGACAGCAGCAGAGCAGAGAGUCCGAGUACAUCUUCUCAGGCUUCUUCCUUGAGUGUCCAAGGUACUGGUGUGGAUAUCGCAUCCACUUCUCCCUCCCUGCCAAUUCCUGUUGCCUCAGGAGCUCCAAGCACAUUGUCCCAGCCGCUUAGUCCAGCUGAACUCAGCAAACGUUUGUGCCGUGUGUCAUCUGUGGAUCGUCUGAGUGAGGGCCUCCAACAAGAGACUGACUGUUUGAUGGAGCUGUUUAAGAAGUGUCAGACAUGUGGACAGCCCAUAACCAAAAAGAAGGUGUCUCACUGCGGUGCACAGAAGAAGGUGCGGUGGAGCUGCCUUGGCGGACACCGGGGCAUAUGGAUGUCAUCGCCUCACCUGUGGGAGGCAUUUCCUGAAAUCCACCUCAUCACAACUCUUUCAGUUCUUUUUUCUGGAGGCACGUUUACACACUUUAAAAAAUGGGCCAAACACAUGCACCUUAAUUUUAUGGGGCAUAAAACCUUUUAUGAAAUUCAAAAGGCCUACCUCAACCCAGAAACUAAACCGAUGAACAGGACUGAGCAGGAAGGGAUCUUUGCAAAGGGGAUCCACCAACAGCUUGAAGGAACUCGUCUUCACAUUUCAGAUCCUCUGAAGAAAAUGAAGUCCAAGUCGAGGAGAAGAGAGAAAGGAGCUCUAUGGGCAAGGUCAAGUUAUGAAAAGAGAUCCUCGAUAUUGAUGACCUCUACUGGAACGUGUAUGCAAGAGCCUACUGCACUGUCAAGUCUUGGGUGUUUAUCAGCCUCUGAAAGAGGCAAACAGCGCCAACUAGAUGAUGUGGAACAUCAGAGUGAAACCACACAUGUCGCAACAGAGGUGGACUGGCUCCAGGACAGUUUUGAGGAGAUGGAAGUCACCAUUGACGGCGAUGAAUGCAACAGUGUGAAGAGCCGGCUAUCUGACUUGGAUAGUGAUUUGGAAAACUUUGCAGAAACAACUGAGCUGAAUGCUCCAGGAGCUGAUGACAGCUGUGAUGAAGAAGUCUACGUACCAUUAAUUCCUCAGAGGUCCACAACCUCAGAGUUUUUACUGGAAUGUGAAGAAGAGGAGCUGGAGCCAUGGCAGAAACCCACUUUACAUGUUUGCCUGAAAGAAGAGGAGGACGCUGGAGUCUUUAGUGAUGUUCAAACAGACUGUAAGCCGGAGUCUUCAUCUCUUCAGAGCUGGUCAGCUUGUCAGCACACACUAACACCUGAGGCCUUUGGUGUUGUCCAAACUUCUGAGGUGAAUCAAGUCAGCCUCAACCCUGUGUCCUUAUCCAGCGUCCAGAGUCCUGAAGUAUAUAGAACAUUAUCUAACCAGCUGCAUUCAGACCGGUCCAACUCACAGACCCUCUCAUUACUCGUACUUGAACUUGAAUCAACUGGAACACCGAAACAAACAAUGAAAACUUAACUUUGGUGUGCUAACAGUCAUAAUGGGUAAGUUCAAAAGGUUUUGUAAAUAUAAUGUGUUAUAUACAAUGCACAAUGAAUAACAUGCAGAUUAUUUGCACAUCUAAGUGACUCUACUGGCUUUUCCAUCCUGGCGACAGUCUGGCGAACCCUGCACAAAGCCCCUGUUGCCUCAUUUUCCAAGUCCAAUUUAUAAAAAAGCACACAUCAAAAGGUACAGGUUUUAUUGUAAUAUUGUGUACAGUCAAAUAAAUUAUU